AUGGAAAACACUGGCUUACACGAUGUUAAUUUUUCACUUAGAUAUGACGGUUUGGAUGCUGAAAAGCAUGAGAUUGAACUUUCUUCGCUCGGUGAAUCGCUAAAGGGAUUUUCGAAGAUAUUAGCUACAGCUGGAACCUUCGCAUUAACCCAAAAGUACUCGCGAAGCACCUCAACUCAAGAGGUUAAAAUUUACGCUACCGAAGCUAGGGCCAAUUGUUUUUCUCUUGAUACUAUCAUGAAUUUUAUCAGUCAGUCUCAAUUGUUCUCAGGGUCUGCGGGGGCUAUACUUGGCGCAUUAGUGCCUUAUAUCUUCGCUAAAAACUCGCAGAAGAAAGAGGAAAUGAAAUACCUAAAAGAAGCACUUGAGAAGGCAAUUGAGGCCCUCGGAAAUAAAGAUAAAGAUACCAUCUCAGGUCUAAUCUCAGUGAUUGACAAGAUGGCUAGUGAGUUACGCCCAUCAGUUAGACAGGCAGUUUCCCCCAUCGGUACCACCUGUAAUAAGAUAAGCGUCACACCGGGGAAUGGUUUCAAGCCUGCUGUAAUUGAUGAGCAAGAUAAAGCAGUAAUAGACCAGUUGGACGACGACGAAGUUCUUGGCUUAAGGGAGUAUCGAAUCUUCCUUACUGAAUUCGACGCUCACCGAAUGACCGCUAAAGUCAUUAUAGAAGGUGAUGAUUCAGAUAAGCGCAUCUCAGCACAAAUAAGCGAUCCAUCUGCUUCAAAGGCAGACAACCCGUAUCUCAUUUCACUUAGUCGUUUUCUGUCAACGGGUCUAAGUCAUGAGUCAGCGGUAAAAGUAACUGCCAAAGCAGCAGUUAGAAAAGGGGCUAUUAGUAAACUUUUCAUAGUUGAUAUUGAGCUUUAA